AUGCAGGCUGAGCCUUUGCACUUCCAUGAGGUGGCGGCUGUUGCAGCUGCUGUGCCCGCUGUUUGGUGCACAGCACUACUGGCCCUUCACCUGUCCAACAAGAUUCCUACGUUCGGGAGCGCGAUCCCGGACAACCAACAAGAAGGCUUCUGGGGCACAUUGCCGUCGGCAUGGGAUCAUCCCGAGCCCAACUACUUGGUAAGCGGCGUUGUGGGCGAGUUCUGGAGCGUCUUGACAACCAUCCCAGUUGCCGGGGCGCUUCUAUUGUACCUGGGGCUGCGCUUUGGCUACGGCUCCAAGGUGAUGGCGAUCUACGCGGUCACCUGCUGUAUGUACUCAUUAGCCUUCACUGCACAUCUGACGCUUCAGAUGCACAUUUUCUCCACGACCGUGAUUGCAGUGAUGAGCAACGCGCUGCUGACCUUCGUGAUGUUCAGCCACGUGGUGCACAGGGCCUUGGAGAGCGUCCUUUUACGUGGGGCGAUUGUCAUCGCUGCUGAGACCGUGCUGGUGACUACGGUCGCGACUCUGCCAUAUAGGCUAGAGCAUGGUGGAGUCUGGACUUUGUUCAUAGUUCAGGCUCCUGGGGUCUUCUUAGCCACUGCUCUGGCCGGCAUCAUGGCCCGGACUUCACACAGGGCUGCAGAGAAAGCCACGUACGGCUUGGUCACCACUGCUGGCAGUCUUCUGAGCUCAGCGAUGGUCCUGUCGCUCGUGGAGUGCCUUGUUGGCUUCGAGUGGGGUUUCAUCGAGAGAUUCUGGGGCUUCCCGUGGCUGCACAUAGCCAUCCACAUGCUGGAGCAGGUUGGGAUCUAUGUUUUCGGUGUGGGUGUUGCCGCUCUGGAGGCCCUGCUGUUGCGGCCAGACGCCUUCAAGGGGGCAGAGGUGCGCUACCUCGGUUGGUUUGUGUAUUUGUAUUAUCCUGGAAAGUCCGAGCCUCUGACUGGCUUGCUCAAGAAUGCUGGUGACGUGGUGAAGCACGGAGCCUCUCUGCAGGCUGCGGUGGCCAUGACUGCCUCAGGUGCACUGCAAGUGUGUGACAUCCAGAACCCGGCAGAAUUUCGGCAGCUUGUGAAAACUCGUCUGAUGUCCCUUUGCAUUUGCACUCGAAGCGCCUCUCGAAUAGCGGUCGUGAGCAGAGCCUCUGUUGCCAAGCUACACAGGGCAAGCGGGACAAGCGACUGCAGCAGAUCCAAACGCAACGAGACCCAUCGAGCUUUACGUCCGAAAAGCUUCCGCGGACACCUCCACAUGGGAUGCGCUUCCCAGAAGAUCAGCUACGUCCGGUAUCCCAGGGCGGACAUGUGCACUGCGCACCCCUGCGACUUCCAAGACGGCGCGGAGCGAGAGGAGACUCUGACUGUCGGUGAGCUGAAAGAAGAGAUCGAGAGGUGCCAGGACGUCCCCGCCUACCAGCAGGAGCUCAUUUGUGGGUCAGAAGUCUUAGCUGACAACGCUUGCUUGCGACAGGUGGCAAAGUCACACGAUGUGGAGCUGCAGCUGGUAGUCCAAGACAGACGCUGUGGAAUUCACUUGGGCAAGCUUGUCGAUGGUGCUUACUGCAGUUCUGGAUGCUAUGGGACUGUGGACGGUGCCUUCCUCAUGAAGGGGGCGAAUGAGUACGUCAAGUGGCCGAUUCAGCUUCCUGGGAACUUUUCAGUGCACACUCGCUUCCGCGUGGCUCAUUCGGAGUUGACCGCUGUGCUCUUUGUUUUUUGGGACACAGCGCCAAAGGGAGCCAGGCAUCCCUACUUCCAGUCCCACCAGAUGGACUGCGACGGAAGCUGGCUCGACCAAAUAGGCUUUGUGGUGAACCGCCAGGGCAGCCACAUCCUGAAGUCUGGCGCACACUGGGGCUCCGCCGUCCUCUUUCCGGGGGAAGUCAUGGAGCCUCAAGAGUGGUGUGGAGAAUGGCACGACGUUUCUCUGCAGCGCCAUUCCGGCCAGCUCACGGUGACCGUUGAUGGGAAGACCGCGAUGACGGCCAGCAUGACGUGGCGUGUGGCAGCAGUUGGCCUACGUCCACAUCAUGAGUCUCGCAGCGCCAUUCAGAUCCAGCAGAAAGCUGACAACUGGACUCAGUUUGCAGUUGAGCUAGCGCCUACCGUGGAAGCCCUAUGCGGCGCAUUGCUGGUCUGCCACAUGCAGCUUGAAUGUUUGGAGGCCACGCAGAUUCCCAGGAACGGCAACGAGGCGGCGGACGUCCCGGCUCGCCAAAAGCCGUCUCUCGGGGGAAAUGGCCACGGCAAGCCAGCGCAGCUGGAAACGCUGCAGCGUCGGAAACGGACCGAGAGCCCGGGGGUGUCAAACCUGGUUGCCGGCGAGGCCCAAGGGCCCGAAGCCAGGAGACACGUGAGGUCCGAAGAGACAGAGGCCCUGCAGACGCAUGCGGUGUCUUCCGUCGUCGAUCUGUUGAAGGCAAUGUCAAAGACCAUCGCGGAAGAGAACGGGGAGGACCAGAAAAGCUACGAGAAGCUUCAGUGCUGGUGCUCCGCGGAGAAGAAGGAGAAGACGCAGACCAUCGAUGAGGGAGCGGCGAAGCUGACGGAGAUUGAGUCGUCUCUGGAGAGCCUGGCGGCCUCACGGGCUUCUCAGGAGAUCCGGAUCAAGGAGCUGCAGCAGCAAGUUGCCGAAGGGCAAGGGGCCCUGGAGAAGGCCUCUGCGGUCCGCCAGGAUCAGAAGGAGAAGUUCGACAGCUACGAAGCUGACACCACAACCUAUUUGGUUAGCUUGAAGGCAGCGAUCGAAGUGCUCACAAAAAAGACGGGGCAGACGGCCUUGCCACAAGUGUCUGCUUUCAUGCAGAUCUUCUCGCACCCGUCGGCGGCCACAGCAAUGCCAUCAUUGGGAGAGGAGUCAGAGGCCGACUCCCUGCCGCUGGCGGACUGGGACGACUUCAGGAAGGCGGAGGGUCCAGAGACGGAGAGGAGGCUCCGAGGAAGUGCCGAGGGGCUCGACGCCGCGCAGGGUUGGUCCGCGGAGGAAGAGGCGGCGGUGAAUCGGGGCCUCGGCGUUGCCAUGUCCUUUGCGCAGUCGGCGCAGGGGCGGAGCGUCGAGCUGUACAGUCCUGGCUCGACUGGCGAGCUCAUUGGCAUGUUCCAACAGAUGCUGUCGACCAUGGAGGCCUCAAGGGGAAACCGCCCGAGAGAGAACCAGGCGGCUGUGGACUCCGAGGAGUUGCGGCAGGCCCGGCUCCAGGAGAUCCAUCAAGCAACCAGUAUGGUGGACCUGAAGAAGCGGGAGAGGGCACACGCCAGCGAGGCGAUCGCCCUGGCCAAGGCGGACAAGAAGCAGCUCGGCAAGGUGGUGGACACAAGUCGGGAGUCUCUGGCCACGAUCAACAAGCGCUGUGAGGACUCCGAGCGCGGGCACCGCCAGCGCAUGGAGGCACGGAGCCGGGAGGAUGCAGCCAUCCUCGAGACUAUCCAGGUCUUGACUGACGGUUCGACAGUGAGCUUCCUGCAGUUGACUGCGACAUCGAAGACCUCAGGAUCCGGGGCCGCGGAAGUCCUGGCCAUGACCCAGAGCGACUCUUUUGGCAAAGUCCGCGAUGCAAUCGAUGGGAUGGUCCGUGAGCUGAAACAGCAACAGCGCCUGGACGUCAAAAAGAAGGACUGGUGCAAGCAGGAGUUCUUUGAGAACCAGAAGGCUGCGAAUGCUGCAGCAGAUCACCAGACUUCCCUGGAGCUUCGGUCUUCUGAGAUGGAGUCAGACAUCAAGACUCUGCAGGGGGACUUGGACCACACCCGCCAAAAGCGAGAGGAGCUGAAAGGACAGCUGCAGACAGCUUCGGAGGAGCGCCGGGAGGAGCAGAGUGCCUUCCAGAAAACGAAGUGGGACCAACAGAUGACACUCCGUGCCCUCCGACAGGCCUUCCGGAAGCUCUCUGGUGUCUACGCACCCUCGUCCUUCCUCAGCCGGCCGCGGGAGGCCGCAGGCUACCACAAGAAUCAGAUGGGUGGAACCGUCCUGAAGCUGCUGCAGACCUUGAUGGCUGACGCGCAGGACGUGGUCGACAAGGCCGCGCUGGCGGAGAACCAGGCGGAGGUCAGCUAUGGUCGUUUUGUGGAGGAGACGAAAACAAUGCUGGAGUCACUUCAAGCGAACACGGUGGCAAAGUCGCGGGCGAUCGCGACAAGCAAGAAGGAUUUCCUCCAGACCGGGCAGGAUGUGAGGCUGAAUGCUCAGGAGCAACACGACCUUGCAGUGCAGAAAGCUAACCUCAAGGCCCAGUGCGACUCCUUGAUCAAGAACUUUGACGAGAUCAGCAACAAGCGGCAGUCGGAGAUUGAGGCCUUGACCCAGUCGAAGGUGGUAUUGGCAGAGUGA